AUGGUGUUUCUGGGCGAUAUCGUCGAUCGUGGCAAGCGUCAGUUGAUGGGCCUCGUACUGAUCGUCGCUGGCUUGGUGCUACACCCAGAUACGAUCUGCUACGUUUCUGGAAAUCACGAAUUGGCCAGUUGCCAUCGACAGUAUGGUUUCCUACAUCAGCUCAAGGAUGAGGGCUACCCGGAUUACCUGUACGACGCAAUUAUCGGCUUCAUGGCCGCCCUGCCCCUGGUGGCCAUCAUCGACGAGCGUAUCAUGGCCAUGCAUGGGGGCCUUGGUCCCGAGGUCACAGCGGAAGUCAUCCGUGAUGGUUUUGACCCUCGCGAUGCUAUGAGCUACAAGUUGAAAACAGGGAUCCUUUGGAGUGAUCCAAAUCACGGCGUAAAAAGAUUUUCCGAGAACCUGAGUCGCGGUGCCGGGUACUAUUUCGGAAUCGAAGCCAUCGCAGAUGUCCGCCAUCGACUGGGCAUCGAUUUCAUAAUCCGUGCGCACCAGGAGAUGAACACGGGCGUUCGGUUUUUCGGCGAUUGGCUGAUCUCGGUGUACACGACGUGCCGACGCGGGCCUUGCAUCGCACUUAAAGGGGCGACCGACGCCGACCAGCGGAUGGAGAUCAUCGCGGAGGAUAUGGAAGAAAAUGCGGAAAUGGGUGGCGUUUUGGUUUACGAUGGCAGCCGUUCAUUGACAAUGAUCCACUUCAUCCCUGCGUAUCAGUUUUUCGACUCUCAUGAGCAGUUCGCCGCUGCCUUCGAUGACAAAUUGGCCAAUGAACUCGCCUUUGCCCAUGCAAAUUGCGAUGCUACUUUUGAGCCAUUUCGCUUUGACACCAAGGAUACAACGGCGGCCUCCGCUGCAAGCCAGAAUGCUGAGGAUUCUGAGGUUACCGUUGCC